CUCAUAUCUCUUCGAUCGCAUUAUAUUCUAAUCGCCCGCCAUGACUCUCACCGAUGAGGAGCUCGACCGCGACUGGCAGCCCAACGGCCGUCGCCCCCAAUCAACCAUCGCCCGUUCCUUCUCGGCAGAGCUGAUGGACAUUUUCCGCAUCGAAAACUCACUGAGCGAUCUGGACCAGCAGGUCCACGACAAGAAGCAGACUGUCGACAAGAACGCGGAGGAGCUUGCCUCGCUUGAGGCUCGUAUCCGUGAGAUGGAGGACCGCCUCCGCCGCUCCGCUCCGGGCGGAUCGCGACCCUCUCUGGCCCAGGUCGCCAACCAGGGCGCCGCCGACGACGACCAGCAGCGCAACCAGAACCUUCAGGCCGAAGACGCUUCCAAGGAUGACGCCAAGGCUCGUUCACGACCAGGCACCGCCCGCGCCACCCAGCAGGCCCCGUCCUCGGGCAACAUGCCCCCAACCCCGGGCGCCAGUGAAGACGGAGACCAUGAAUAGAGAGUACAAGGACGACAUACGACUAUAGGCCAUUUUAAUCUAUCUUCUCACAAGGCCCAGUCGAGUCUCAGGAGACCAAAGCAAACCCCUGCCGCGGUGGAUCUCAUCUCACACGAGCAUCAUGUGCGGAGAAGGCCAUCGAAACCGCUCACUUGUCUCAAGACCGGCUCCAUGGCACCUCGGCGACCGGGGUUAGCUUUCGCAUUGUUAUUUUGGAUGUUCACGAAUCAGGCCUGGGCGCAUCACCAAACGUUCAUGCCCACGGCUGCUUGUCAUGUAUACUGGUUGUUGGAGUUUCUGGGGACUG